UAAGUAUAACCCUAAAUUUUUUUGAAAUAUCCUCUGUCUCUCUCUCCCUCUCCUCAUUCUGAAGCCCUUAACUUCCCACCACAUGCCUAUUAACUUCCUCCUCAAGGCAUGGAGUCAGCAAACCCUUCGGAACCGGAGUUCCCACGAAUUUGCUCGUCGAGCUUUCUUCUCGAGCCUAACAGAUUCAAAGCCUACCGUGUCUUGUCCGGCGACUGUCUCUUCUAAACCUUGCCUCGACGGUCUAACGGUUAUAUCAGUGUCACUGCAAGACGGACCUCUUAUUCCUGGUUUUAUCAAGCCACUCUGGGUAACGAAUCCUAAAGUACUUGCAGCUUUACAAGAGAGAAAAAGCGGAGAAACUCCAUAUGCAGGGGCUUUCCUUUUGAAGGAUGACAAACACCCUUUAACUGGUUCGCCUGUGAUUCACCGAGUUGGUACACUUGCUCAGAUUUUAAGUAUCCAAGGUGAGCAAGUCAUCAUUAUUGGUCGCGAACGACUUCGAAUAACAGAGACCGUAAAUCCUCUAACUGUCAAAACUCAUCAUCUAAAGGAUAAGCCAUAUGACAAGGACGAUGAGGUCAUCAAGGCAACAUACUUUGAGGUUAUUUCUAUGCUUAGGGAUGUCUUAAAGAAAACACCACACUGGAGCGAGCAAGCUCAGAAAUAUUCACAGGAUAAUGUAGGGGAAUCCAACUAUCUAAAGUUGGCAGAGUUUUUACUACAAAAAAGAAGAAGAAAGCUAACCUAUUCUGGGGCUGGGAUCUUUGAGGCUAUUGACUUCAAUUAUCAAAAGUUAGCCGAUUUUGGAGCCGGUAUCUCUGACGCUAACAAACAUAAAAUUCAGGAGGUUCUUGAAGAAUUGGAUAUUCAUAAGCGUCUGGACUUGACUCUGCAAUUGGUUAAAAAUCAAGUGGAAAUUAACAAAAUUCAAGUUUUUCAUGCCUCCGUUUUCCAGGAAUCCACAGCAGAAACUGAUGAAGACAAAAAGGAAUCCACAUCAAAAACUAAUGAAGACGAAAAGGAGUCUGGUUCUGCUAAAAAAAACAAACUUUCUGACACGUUUAGGAAAAGUAUUGAACCUAUUACAGAGAAGAUUCCGAAACAUGUACUAAAAGUCAUGGAAGAACAGUUUGCGAAACUUGAUAGGAAAGAAGCCGAUUAUGGUUGCACCGAUAAUAUCUAUAGCUACCUUGAUUUGUUGACCUCGUUGCCUUGGGGAAAAUGCAGUGAUGAGGAUAUUGAUAUACUACGGGCAGAAGAGAUUCUUGACGAGGAUCACUAUGGAUUAGCUGAUGUAAAAGAAAGAAUAUUGGAGUUUAUUGCUGUUAGAAUACUCACGGGCAAUCCAGAAGGGAAGAUCAUUUGUCUCUCUGGCCCUCCUGGGGUAGGAAAAACUAGCAUUGCUCGUUCUGUCGCGCGUGCCCUGGACCGCAAGUUCUUUCGGCUAGCUGUUGGAGGACUAUCUGAUAGUUCCGAGAUUAAGGGUGACCGUGCAGUAUCCGUUGGUUCCAAGCCCGGAAAGAUGGUGCAAUGUCUAAAGCAAGUGGGAACAGAGAAUCCUCUUGUUCUGCUCGAUGAGAUUGAUAAGCUUGGAAAGUGUAAUAAAUACGAUCCAGAGGGUGCGUUGUUGGAGCUUCUAGAUCCAGAGCAAAAUGCACACUUUCUAGAUCACUUUCUUGAUGUUACUAUCGACUUAUCAAAGGUUUUGUUUGUAUGCACAGCAAAUGAUACAGAUAUGAUUUCGGGUCCACUGCUAGAUAGAAUGGAGGUUAUAAAACUGGCAGGGUACACUACCGAUGAGAAAAUGCAUAUUGCAAGAGACUAUUUGGUGAAAACUGUACAAAGAAAAUGUGGCAUUAAGCCUGAACAGGUUGAUGUGAGCGACGCGGCUCUUCUUUCCUUGAUAGAAAACUACUGCAGAGAAGCAGGAGUUCGAAAUCUCCAGAAGCAGAUUGAAAAGAUUUUUCGUAAGAUUGCUCUUAAACUUGUACGCCAACAAGCAUCAUCCAAAACAGAUGUGGCCGAUUUUAAGUCCUCUGGUGAAGGAUCCAUUGAGCAGAGCAGAGAGUUAGCUGAAAACUUUAUGAUUGAUGAAUCAAACCUUGCAGAUUAUGUAGGCAAACCGGUUUUCCGAGGAGAGAAGAUCUAUGAACAGACACCUGUGGGGGUUGUAAUGGGCCUAGCCUGGACAUCCAUGGGCGGAUCAACGUUGUACAUAGAGACAACCUUUGUUGAAGAAGGUGAAGGCAAAGGUGGUCUUCAUAUAACGGGUCACCUUGGGAGUGUGAUGAAAGAAAGCGCAGAGUUAGCUCAUACAGUUGCCAGAAGAAUAAUGUUUGAUAAAGAUCCCAAGAACCUCUUCUUUGCAAACUCCAAGCUUCAUUUACAUGUUCCUGAAGGAGCCACACCAAAAGACGGUCCAAGCGCGGGCUGCACAAUGAUCACUUCCUUGCUGUCACUUGCCAUGAAGAAGCCUGUAAGAAAGGAUCUUGCAAUGACCGGAGAAGUCACUCUCACCGGUAGGAUUCUUCCAAUUGGAGGCCUUAAGGAGAAGACUAUGGCUGCAAGGCGGAGCCAAGUGAAGGUGAUAAUAUUCCCAGAGGCUAACCGGAGAGAUUUUGAGGAUCUUGAGGAAAGCAUUAAAGAAGGGCUCGAUGUUCAUUUCGUCGAUGAAUAUGAGCAGAUCUUCAAGCUAGCCUUUGGCUAUGACCAUUAGAAGAAAGUCACGUUCACUUGGGAUCUUCCUCUACUGCUGUUUUAAUUAUAUACUACUGAUAUGUAUUUCUUCUAUAGGCUGGUCUUAUAACUUUUCUUGAAUUUUAUUUGACCAUUAUUGUGUAUUAUUUUUCAUACAACAGGAUGAACUAUAAAAGAGCCA